AUUCAGACCGUCGUCCGUCAGUUCUUUCCUUGCUAAAACAAAAGCAAAAUAAAUUAAAAUAAUGUGAACAAUCAUAUAGUUUUUAACAGGCAGUGUUUACUAAUAGUUGUCUCAAAGAAUUUACCAGUAACUAAAUAAUAGCAGUUUUUGAUCAUUUAAAAGAUAUGUUACAAAUACAAAGAUAUAUUUUUUAAAGCAUGUUUUUAAAACAUGUUAUACACAUAAUGAAAGUGGACAUGUAAAUAGUUCAUAUUCUUAUUGCAGUACAACACAUAUUUUUGGAUAUCGCCCCUUUUCGUGGCCGCACUUGUAUGUGACCAGUCUGGCGUCGUCUCGUCUCAACUUCGGCUGAAUGAGUGUCGCCUUGGGUUAUUUACUUGGGGCAGAAAUGUCUGCAUAAGUGUGGGUGUUUUCGGGGUCCUUGAAGUGGUGUCUGUCAGGCUACAUAUGUACUCCUAUACUAGCUUGGUGGCGAUGUCCGAUGUCCGCCUGAACAUUAAAAGCAAAAAACUGUUAUUUAAUCUUUGUGGUGUCUUUUUAAGCUGAAAUGUCUACAUCACCAAGGACCUAUAUUACGCGACAUAAAUCUUUUCCACAAACCUGUUUUUGUAUAACAACAUGAGGAAACUAUCAAAUACUCGUUACUCAGUUGAAAUUUCGAUUGAGCUGGAGAUAUGCAGAGAAGCGAAGGGUCAAAAUUGCACACCUGCAAUGACGCCACGUAGCGUCGAUUUUUAUUCCCUUGCAGAGGUUAUAAUGAUUUCAGUCAGAAGUGAAGGAGACGUUUCCGGCCCCAUAAAGUAUAUAUAUUCAUGAUCAGCAUCACUAGACGAGUCGAUAUGGCCAUGUCUGUCCGUCCGUCCGACCGUCCGUUUCUACGCAAACUAGUCUUUGCCAGUAGUAUAUAAAAAAAUUUUUUUAAUGAUAUUUUUUACGCUUUUUAACAUAUAACAGCCUGCGCUUGGAAAUAACAUGUUUUAUUUAAUUUGUGUGGCAAUUUUGUUGAUUAAUAACUUUGACAUGGUUAUUUUUACAGGUAUGUGAGGUAUAUUGAAUGUUGAGGAAUAUUAAGGGCUAUACACCCAGUUACGGAUACAAAAAAGUACAAAAUAUGAUUUAUAUAUGUUUUCUCGCAAAACUAACAAGGGUUUCCAAAUGAGUUAGAAUUUGUGAUGUAUUGACCUGUUUAGCAUCGUCUAGAAUUUUCAGGACGCUAAAAUAAAAUUUUGGGACAAACUGAUAAACAAACUUAAAUUUUCAUUUUGAGCAGUCCCCCAAAAUCUUAUUUGCGAAUUACUUUUGAACGGAGCGUCCGAUAAUGACAGUUGAGGUGAUAUUCGACUCGUAUUUUAUGAAUAGCGGGGGUGUAAAAGUGCCACUUAGCCCUUAAACCAAAAUCAUUCAGGUGAUGCGUUAGAUUAGCAAAGUUUUGUUGUUGUUAUACCCUUUACUCGCAGAGUAAAAGGGUAUACGAGAAAGUAUGUAACAUGUAGUAGGAAGCGUUUCCGGAUCACUAUCCGGUCGAUCUAGCCAUGGCCAUGUCCGUAUGAACGAUGAGAUCUCGGAAACUAUAAAAUCUAGAACAACCAAACUUGGCAUACAGAUUCCUGGGCUUCCUGCGCAGCGCGCCUUUGUUUUAGACGGCUUAAAAGCUUAAAUCUGUCUGCCGCCCAAACGAUUGUAGGUGACAAAUGAAGGCAUAUUUUUAGUCCGGCAAUAGUUAAAAAAGUUUUUAAAUUAAAAUUUGUUUUUAUUUUUAAGAUAUUAAAAAUUUGGUGUGUUUAAAAAAAUGUAUUUAAACAGUAGAAGUUUCAGUGGUUUUAUGAAAAAGACAUUAAGUCAAUCGGAUAAUUACAAAAGGAGAUAUAGACUUGCAAACAGAGGGUACUUUUUAAAAACUAGCUUUUUUAAAGAAACUUUAAAAAAUUCGAACUAAGAAAAUAUUAUUUUUUCCAAAUUCAUGAUAUUUUCAUAUUAUUUUUCGAAUAGUAAGGUAAAAAAAUGUUUAAGGCAAAUCUAAAAUUUGAUUUUUUCCAAAUUUGUUUGGUUUGUAAAAGAAUGGCCCAUGUAUAGUGCUGUUCGUCACUAAGUGGACUACAUCCACAGUGAUAUCGUUUAGUCAAGGCACCAAAGCUUCAGAGUCAAAACUGGACAUGCAGAUUCUACAAACUACUAAGAGUUCCUCGCCCCAGCCCGCAAAGAGUAUAAAAUUGCGAAGCCUACAGUUUCAAAGAUAUUUUCGACAAGUAAAUUGUUUUUUAAACCACUUUUCAAUUUUCUAUCAACGUCCAAAAAGUGACCAGUAAUAAAUAAGUUCAAUUAGUAAGCAAAGUAACGAGAUAUAUAUUUAAUGUAUAUGUUUAAAAGGAAAGAAAACUAAAAAAAUUAUAACGAAUCAAAAUUACCAUCAAAGUUAUCUCCAAGUUGCGCGAUGAACAGUAUUUUGCACUUGUUGUCGUCAUAGAUCUUUAGGAUUUUCACUGACGAGUUUAUGCGCAAGCGCGAAUUCUUAUACUUCGACACAUCUGAUAGCUACGUAAUGGGUUCUACGUUAACGUUCGACUUUUAGAAAAGUUUCAACGCAAAGGCCUAAUGCCUGAAGGACUAGUUUUCGAAAAAACGGACGGACGGACGUGACUUAACCAUUUUUAUACCCUUGCAGAGGGUAUAAUGAUUUCAGUCCGAAGUUUGCAAAGCAGUGAAGGAGACGUUUCCCAUAAAUAAUAUAUAUUCUUGAUCAGCGUCACAAGACGAGUCGAUCUAGCCAUGUCCGUCUGUCCGUCCGUUUCUACGCAAACUAGUCUCUCAGUUUUAAAGCUAUCGUGCUGAAACUUUCCCAAAAGUCUUUUUUCUAUUGCAGGUAAUAUAUAAGUCGGAACCAGCCAGAUCAGACAACUAUAUCUUAUAGCUCCCAUAGGAAUUAUCGGGGAAAAAAAUUAAAAAAAAUUAUAUCUUUCGUGUUUUUUAACAUAUACCUUUCUAAGCUUGGAUAUAACAUUUUUAAAAUAGUUCUGAAUUUCGAAUAACAUUUUAUCAAAAUCGGACGACUAUAUCAUAUAGCUCCCAUAGGAACAAUCGGAAAAUUAGUGGUAUAAUAAUAUUGAAAAAGUAUAUCUUCGUUGUUUUUUAACUUAUAGCCUCCUACGCUUGGGAAUAACAUUUUUUAUUUGGUUUUGAAUUUCGAAUUACAUUUUAUCAAAAUCGGACGACUAUAUCAUAUAGCUGGCAUAGGAACGAGCGGAUAAUUGGUGGGAAAUAAUGUAAAACAAAUUAUAGCUUUGGGGCUUUUUGACAUAUUAUCUUAUAAUAUUGGGAAUAUACAUUUUUAUAUUUUUAGGAAAUUCGAAUUGAAAAAAAUUAUUGAUUAUUUUUUAUAACUGCAAGGGUAUACAAACUUCGGCUUGCCGAAGCUAACUUCCUUUCUUGUUAAUGCUGAUAUUUAUAUGUCGAAAUUGUCUUUAUCACUUUCUCUUUAGAAAUUGAAGACCAAAAAUAUUGUGCCCAAUGACGCAAACGUGCGCUUGUAAAAAAUUAAUGUCAUUUUGCGUUCUUAACGGAUUCCAUUGGUCUACAAAAAUCUUUAAAACAUACGAGUUUCUAAAAUUUUUAAACUAUAAAAGUUGUUAAUUAAAUUGCAAAUAUACCAAAACAAACCUUUCUUAUCGUUCGAAAAUAUUGGUGAGAAUCCUUUAAGGAUUUCGGCCCCAUAAAAAUGGAACGGUCCUUUCUUACAUUGAACAUACAUAACAAUUUACUUUGAAUAUUGCAUUUUCACUUUUAUAGGAAACUAUGAGAUUAUCAAAUACUGACUAUGUACGACGUUCUAGGAAGGGCAGCGACUAAAAUUUCGGGUCUGUUAAAGUCGAGGAAGACAUCGGAGGCUUCCCGAAAAAAAUUCAGAGAGAAUUUCUCUUUAAUUUUUUCCAGGAAGGAAAAGGCUUAUUUCCUGAUAUACGAGAUCGGGAACAAUGUGUUCUCACAAAUCCAAGUCAAGAAAACUUACUGUUGAUUUCAAAACACUCCUACUAGAUUAAAUGAUUAGAAGAAAGAUAGCAGAACUAACUGCGGCAACCGGAAGUUUAAAGUUAAAAUGUUUAAUCAAAAAAAAUAAAACAAAUAAAAUUCAAUCUUUUAAAGGACGGAUUUCUUAUGUAAAACUUAAUCAUAAUAAAUGCCAGUCUCAACUUAGAAACCAAUAAAUUGAUGUUUAUUUUUUUACAGGAAAAAAUGAAUAAGCACAACCCCAUUGAACAAGAUUUGCAAUGGAUCAGAAGUUGGAUACCAACAUUUUAAAACUGCCAUUACUCUUACAUCUACUCUGAGGUACACUGCCAGUAUUAUCCGUUGCCAAAUAUCAAAGAUGCGGUUCGCUUCCGACCCCCAUCAAUUGCAGUCUGAUACGCUUUUUAAAGGCAACAGAUGCUUUUUCAAUUGCCAAUGCCUCUGUUGUCGCCAGGGAUGCUGUGUUGUCGUCGUUAAGUGUUGCUGCUGCUUAAGCUUUAACUGCUGCAUCGGCAAUGGCUCCCGAAAAGCAUUUCUCCAACCGGCUGCAACGCGCAAGAAAGUUCCUGACCCCGAAGUUUCACGCGUGUCAAAGAUUGUGGGCGCCAUUUUAGUGCUGGCGCGCUGGGCAACUACUCUCCUAACAAGCUGCAUUCUUCUGGAUAUCUUCUCGGUACUUGGCCAGCCUGGAGUCUCAGAUGGAAACAGGACCAGCAGUAGAGCAGUCCAUGUCCCGAUUCCUACGACGCCAAACGAAACAACCAGCAGCACUUCGGACUUAAAGCUGAAGCUUAUUUAUGGGUAUACUUCGUUCGAGAUAAAUAAUGAUCAGCAGGUGAAGUCCAACAAUCUGUGCAGAAUGCUUUGCAGUAGUCGCAACAGCAAACGACAACGAAGAAGACGUCGUCGUCGCAGGCGCAGGCGGCACAGGAACAGACAUGCGGUUUGCGAUAAAAGGCAACAAGUUCAACGCAAACCGCAAAAACACCUUUGGGCUGAUCAACGGAUGAACAAUAACGAGGGCGUCUUUCAACUAGGCCCUAGCGACGGUACCUGCCAAGCUUCAGAGACAAACUAUAGAGUGAAUUAUGACACAGUACCAGAAGUCAAACUGUUAGCUCGCUCAGAAAGAAGCGUUUUAGUGUCACCUCUGAAAGAAAUAAUAUCACCUUGGUCUUCAACACAAAGUUCAAUUCGGAACUGCUCAAAGAUUAAACGCAAUAAAGCGAAUCUUGUUUGGCUUCUUAUUGGGCUCGUUUGGUUUGAAGUCAAACUAAUAAACUGCAAUGGGAUCAGCAGCGGCAAUUACUUCGCUUCCAAUCUGGAGACUCACAAGGGAUGCACCUUGUGUCAUGAAGGAGGAAAACUCAACAUUUACAACGACAAAGAUAAUCCACACACAGAAUACAACAUCUACAACAAAUACCAUACCAACAAUUACUUCAACAAAAAAACUAAUCAACCGCGUAACAACAUUGCACCGAGUGACCAAGUUCGCUUGGAGUCAAUUAAACGGCAAAUUUUGACGAAGCUUGGUCUCAGCCACAAACCCAAUGUAUCUCAUCCCCUACCUAAGCAAUUUAUUUGGGAAACAUUAUAUCGUGCAGAUGGUGGACGGUUCAACAAUGCAUUUGAGAGCAGUGGUAAUGAUUUUGAUCAACAGAACUCCAGACCACGGACGUUAACGCUACCCGAAACACAUAGGUUCAGUGGCCGGGGCGAAAGGACCUUUCCUAGUAGUCAACAUCAAUUUCGAUCCCCAUUCGAUUAUAACUUCAACAUAAGUAAAGGGAAUGCAUAUGAUCCAGUUUUGAGAAAUCGGUCUGCAGGCCGGAAAAGACAACAUAUACAGAAAGACGAUGGGAAGAACUUAUUUUUGACGAGAUGGACAGAAAAACGUCCAUUAAAAAUGAAUUCUCGUAUUUCGUCUAAAUCUGCAACACAACAUGAAAUCCACCAUGGCAGUAUAACUCAGAUGUUGAAAAGUGGAGACGCCAAUAAUAUAAAUGGCAUUAGCGGCAGACAGAUAAAUGCGAAUGCGUACAGAAAAUCUACAUAUCUAAUAGAUAUAAAUCGUAGUAGUGAUAGUAGCGCCAAUAGUGGCAUAAAUGGUGAGAUCAGGCGCAAUGCUUAUGAUUAUUUUAACGAUUACAGUGUUUCGACCGAUGAGAAAAACUAUUACCAUGAAAUCUCCAGCAAUGGACAUCAUUCAACGGUUCAAAACAUUGAUGAAGAAAAAUCGAAAAGGCAUUACGAGUCGGUUGUUCAUGACCAGGAAAUUAUUGAUCAUGAAGACUUUUUUGGAAAUACUCAGGAAAUAAUUACAUUUGCUGAAGAAGGAACCCAAUAUCAACAGUAUAGAAUCCUUGAAUUUUCGCCCCAAAAUCACCGUGUUCCAAACCAAAAACUAUCGAUUCGCAGCGCCCAGAUUCACAUACGGAUAGACAAGCCACACAGUUUCUGGAUCGAAAGAGCAAAACAUUUGCAGGAAGAACAUUUGCUAAAUACUAAAAGAAAAUGGCGGGCAAAUAAACCCCACCAUAGAAUAAAAAUCUGGGUUUUUCAAUUAUCAACAGCGAUAAAUAUUACAGAGAAGACAAAGCUAUUCUGUUCCGGGCUUCUUUUGAAGUCGACACUAAACAUUUGGGAUGGCAAAAAUUCGAUUUAACCGAAACGAUCCGUGAGUGGUAUAGGCUUAGCCGUAACGAAAAAC